AUGGACGAUUACUCCACUUUGCAACUUCCAGAUGGAACUCAGUUAGCAUACGAGGUGCUUGGCUCCGACCACAAGCCUGAGGGGGCAUCGGUGCCGCUCGUGUUCGUCGGUGGAACCACAUCCUGUCGGAGGGACGCGAGCAAAGUAUCAUCGCUACUAGCUAAACAUCGACAAGUGUUGGUCUAUGACCACAGGGGCAUGGGGGAUUCAAAGACUCGCAAAGAUGACCCUUUUACUAUUGAAACACUAGCAAGAGACCUUCUCUCUCUAAUUCAGCAUCUUCAGUGGAGCGAGGUUGCUCUUUGCGGACAUUCCAUGGGAGGUGUUGUCGUUCAGAGUCUUUUAUUCUUACCCUUUCACCGCACGAACCCGACUCCCCUACGUUUUCAUGUAACACAUGUUGUACUCGCUUGUACUACAUUCACACCUGUCCUGGACCCAAAAUACGGACUGAAGUUCCCGAGGAGACCGACAGGACCCUUGACACGUGAACUAAUCAGAGAGCUUGUGCGCCUCACUAUGCUACCCAACUAUGACCCCGAGUGGUUUGCCAGUGAAGCCAACCAGAAGAGAAUUGAAGAGAUCGUAGAUCGCGGGUUAAUUGGCAGGUCGCCAUUUAAGACCAUAUUACAGCAAAAACGAGCAGUCUCUCAAUAUGAUUUUACUGGUUUUCAUUCUCGUCUGUCGCCAGACACUCAAUUCAUGAUCAUCCACGGUGAACUUGAUCAGAUCUUGCCUUUCUCCAAUGUUCAGGGCUUUUUGAGGCUUAUUCCAUGGGCGCGUGUGGUGCCGGUAGGAGAUGCACCAGGUUCGGUACCAACUCUUCGUUUCGGUCAUGAUUGGGUCGAGUACUUUGAUCCCCAGGUUUGGUAUGGGGUUUUCGAAGUGUUUUUGCAGGCUGGAUGUAGGGAGAAAGCUCGGCUGUAA